AUGGACGAAGCAGUGCGAGCAGCAGCCGAAUGCGCGGCGAACAUAACUGUAACUUGGUCUAAAUCAGUCGCCUUGGGACAACCUCCGUGCCCUCCACUCGAACCAACAAGACAAACUGUAGGGCGACCACCAGCACCGCCUCCAAUCCCCCAAGACGACAUUGAUGAGGUACCACUAGAGAACUCAGAAAUCGAGGACCUUCUGGAAGACACUGGCCAAAUACUCCAAGGUCCAAUAAUCAAGUCAGAUGACGACAACAAUCAAUUCUGGAGACCUCCAGUGGAGAAGGGGAAAGGUAGAGCUUACAGCAAUACAAGCCCCACCCCAUCGGAUUUCAGUAGGCCAAACUCAGAAGGGGGGUUGGAUGCAUUGUGGAGCUGUGGAGCUGAACACAUCCAAGUAUCCCAUAUUACGGGUGGAUGGUUGACAACCAGCCUUGCACUUGAAAAAAGACCGGUCCAAGACAAGAAAUCCACCCAAGCCAACAAGAGAGCUGACUUACUGUAUGCCGCGGGACACCACAUGGACGGAGAAGCGGUUUUGAACCAAUACUUCCAACGCCAGGAGGGGAGUGUCAUCAACAAACGAGGAGAGAGAGUCCCGGCGGCAAGCAGUAGCGGCCUAGCAAGAUCACACCCCUACAACUUAUUGGCAGAAGACUUGUUGUCGGCGUCAGACAGUACAGGAAACAUCCCUUUUAUGGAGCACCAAAGCAGGGAAUCCAACUGUAUCCUCCCAGCCAGAACAGUAGUAGAUCCCCUGCUAAGAAGACCAGACUCCAAAGUAGACCCAAGGAUCUACAACUUGUACACAACUUGGAGACAAUGGGAGGCUCCUCGACAACCGGAAGUCCCAACUACCUACAAAUGUUGCUCAUCAGUUCUUCGUCAAUACGAGAAAGAAUGCACACGGGUAGAGCACGCAAGGCAACCACCAACCUACAACACACGACAAGAGCCCCCAAAUUCCCAGCAGCCAAAUCUGAGGUCACAGGCCAACAUAGAGGAAGAAGAACAAGUUAAAUUCUUGAUGGCCUCAAAGAGAGGUAGAUUGGUCCUAAGAAAGGGAGAUGUGGUGGAGAACAGUAGAUAUCUGGUGGCGGAUGAAUCGGAUGAGAUGGAGAAAGGCCUAAAUCAAUUAUCGUCGGUCUUAACCCACUGGUUGCGUACCUUCAAAUCAUACAUUCCACUCACCGCAUUCAACAAAUUGUUCCUAGCGGGAGACCAGGCCAAGUGGAGUCGUAGGAAAGCCCCAACAGAGUCAAAGAUAGAAGACAGAAGUUCAUCAUUAAGAGUGCACGGCGGAUCACCACCACCUGACAAAUUGCUGAUGCAAUUCAAAGGCUGGAUCAAUACAAUGACUCUAUUCAUUCGAUAUGUGGCGGAUGCAGGAUGGCAAACGCUGAAAGAGAGGUUCGAAGGUCACCGUACAGUUGUGAUAGAUCUCCGAGAACACUAUGGCUGGAUAAUUGCAUUACGGUACUGCAUAAGGAUUAGACAAGGAGUGAUGAGGGAUACAAUCGAUGGAAAGAUUAAGAACUUCAGCAACUUACAAUCGGCUAUCUUUGAGGAAGUUCAAAUUGUGGCAGACUCACGCCAACAGAAAGCUUAUCAUACAAACCCCUACGCCAACGGAGGCCCCCUAUCUAGCGUCAACCCAAUGACAGGCCUGCCAAGAAAAUCCCCCUCAACAACUGCGGCAAAGAAGUGGCCAUUGGAAUCCUCCGCGUUGAAAACCGUAAAGUCCGAACUGUCUUCCGCGGACUGGAUCCCCUCCUUGAAGUGGAGAACCAUGACAGCCGAGGAAAAGGCAGAGGCGAAGAGGUUUGCAACAAGAAAUACCUAUAAACCAGAUGACGAAAGAGGUCAAGGGAAAGACCGGUAUCAGGACCAAGACAAUUACCGUGAUCGGGGAAGAGAUUAUAAGAAACGAUCUUGUUUGAGAAGUCACAGUCCCCGGGGUAGUAAAGGGAGAGGGAAAGCCUGCAGACAACUCAAUAGUCAAGAUCCAUGA